AACCAACCCCCAUCCUACCUCCUCUCUUCUCUUCAGUUCAAUAUAUACCUGCGCCUAGUUUCCAACCAAUUCAGAGAAUCACAUACACAAACUACACGAGCACCAAAUCAAGCAUUCAAACUGACCAUGGGCUGCAGAAGAACCAGUGCAGUUACUCUUCUUCUUGUAGUCACCCUGCUCGUCUCCUUGCUCGCUCCUCACCUCCCCAUUGCAUGUGCUCGCCAUGUUGUGGUGCUGCACGCAAACAAUGGCUUGAACAACAGAGGAAACAUGGACCUUGCGAAGGAGCCAUCCUCGGCGUCGAACGAUGGUUCAGCUGCGAAGAAAGGACUCUCAGGGCGGAAGCUCGGUGCGGGGAACAAGGAGGAAGCUGUGGGAGCCACAGGAGCGACGACGACUUCAGCAGGCCCACGACUGCGAACAGUGGAAAUGCGCGCGGCGGCGAAGCAAGGGGACGCGGCCACGGAGAUGUACGACAUGCUCAGGAGAGACUACGGGUGGAAGGCGAGCCGCCGCCGGCCGAUCAACAACGGCGCGGAGCCGCUGCAGGAGGAGCCAUAGAUAGCUGCACUGCAUGCUGCGCCGGCGUCUUGGGCCAGUUGGGCUGGACCCGGGCGUGCGUGGCACGGACACUGCUCGGUACAUAGUUAGAGCUAGGCAGUAGCUAGCUAGCUGUUCCUUUAGAUUCUAAUCGUAGUUGAACAAUGUUAAUCAGUAGGGUCAAUACAUAGCCAGUUGCCCAUAUGGAAUAAUGCCAUAGCUAGAUAGCUACCCUGCAGGGGUUGGCUAGCCAUAAUCAAGCUUCCAAGCUGGACAUUCUGCUUAGCCCUGAUUGCAAGAGCAUGAAUCAUUCAUGUGCAGAUCAUGGGCA